CGUCACCACCUACAGCUAGCCUGCACGCCGAGCUAGCCAUGAGCGCACCACGAGCAGUCGCCCGCCUCGCCCAGGCCACCCGCGCAGCUGUGCGCCCUCAGCUCGCCGUCCGCCCCGCCGCCCUCCGCGCCGUCGCCUCGCGCUCCUUCUCGACCUCGCACGCCGCGAGCCAGGCCGUCCCGACUGGCAAGGAGUCGCCCUUCACCGAGCCGGCCGGCGUCAACCCGGCCGAGGCGUCGCAGCCCUUCUCGGCCCAGCUGCAAGAGUUCGGCGCGUGGAUCAUGGCCUCGCUGCCCAAAUACGUCCAGCAGACGAGCGUCUACAAGGACGAGUUGACCAUCUACGUCGCCCCGUCGGCCAUCGAGCCCACCAUGCUCUUCCUGCGCGACCACACCAACACGCAGUACAAGCAGGUCAUGGACAUCUGCGGCGCCGACUACCCGACCCGCUCCAAGCGCUUCGAGGUCGUGUACCACCUUCUCUCGGUCCGCCACAACCACCGCCUGCGCGUCAAGACGUACGCCGACGAGACAUCGCCCGUCCCGUCCAUCUGCCACAUCUACCGCGGCGCAGACUGGUACGAGCGCGAGGCGUGGGACAUGUACGGUAUCCUGUUCUCGGGCCACCCGGACUUGCGCCGCAUCCUCACCGACUACGGCUUCGAGGGCCACCCGCUCCGCAAGGACUUCCCCUUGACGGGCUACACCGAGGUGCGCUACGACGAGGAGAAGAAGCGCGUCGUGUCGGAGCCGCUGCAGCUCUCGCAGGCGUUCCGCAACUUCGAGGGCGCGACCUCUCCGUGGGAGGGCACGGGCACGGGCAUCGACGCGCGCGCGCCCCAGUUUGUGCUGCAGCCGCCCAAGGAGGACGAGGCCGACAAGGCCAAGCAGGACCAGGCGACCAAGAAGUGAGCGCGCUCGCUCGUGUGCGUCGGCGGUGUCGUCGAGGAGGACAGUGUAGAGAGCGAGGAGAGCGGGUGCAACGGCCUUUCUGUGCUUCUGUCGCCGCGCG